AUGUCUACCACUGAAACUCAAAUAACUAACAUUGUUAAUGAAAUAUUGAAAGUUGAAGGAAUGGAAGAAGCUUUCAGUUGCUUCUUAGUUCACAGACCUGAUUUUGAAAAUGAAAAAAUGGAACAAUUUCGUUCAGAACUUCAAAUUGCUUUAAAUAAUGUCGUACCAGAACAACAAGAAGCUGGAGUUAGGCAAUUUUUACUUUUAGCAGCUAAUAUGACAAAUCCUAGUAGACUUCAAUUUUUAUUACAAUUGCUUGAGGGAGCAGUACAGAGUAACAUUGUUUCAGCUAGGCUAGUUUGUGAAUGCAUACUUUCUUGUGAUAAAUUAUCAUUAAAUAAUCAAGAUUUCUGGGUUCAGUGUUUUCAAUUAAUGAGAAAAAUAAUAGUCGGUGUUGAUUACAAAGGUGUUAGAGAAAUUAUGAAAGGUUGCAGAGAAAAAGCAGCUGUAAUACCUGCAAAGUUAAAUGCUGCUCAAAUGCCACAAAUCACUGCUUUGGAAUCAGUUAUGGAAUUUAUUUUUGACAGAAAUGCUUGUUUGCUUCCUGCUUAUUUUAUUGUAAAUGAAAUUCAGAAAGCAUAUCCUGAAAAUAAAAAUUGGCCUCAUUGGAAACUGGCAAAUUUAUUGUCUGGUUUCGUUGAGAGUUUUCGUCCUUGUGCACAAAUGGUAUCUAUAGUUGGCCACUCAAAAUUGCUACCAGUUGUUGAACAUUCUGGAUAUGCCGAUCAUUUAAGUCCCUGGAAAUUAGAUCCAACUACUUUAAAGUUUACCUUAAAAGGAAUACUUCCAUAUGACAGAGAACUCUCCGAACCUCAAACUGGUUUACUCAGAUAUGUAUUAGAGCAGCCUUACUCCCGAGAUAUGGUUUGCUGCAUGUUAGGCUUAGUCAAGCAGCACAAACAACGUUGUGUUGCUUUAGAAGAGCAGUUAGUAGCAUUAGUUGUUGUAGCAAUGGAAAGAUCAGAGACAGAGACUGGUGAUUCUUCUCAUUGGCUUUGGUUACAUCUGUCAUCUCAGCUUAUUUAUUUUGUUCUUUUUCAAUUUGCUUCUUUUCCUAAUAUUGUAAUGGCGUUACAUGAUAAGCUUUCGGGAAGAGAUUUGAAAAAAGGAAGAGAUCAUCUGAUGUGGGUUUUGCUUCAGUUUAUAUCUGGAAGCAUUCAAAGAAAUCCUCUUAGUAAUUUUCUCCCAGUGUUAAAAUUAUAUGAUUUGUUGUAUCCAGAGAAAGAACCGUUGCCAGUACCGGAUGUUAAUAAAGCAGUAUGCACUCAUCAGAUGGCUAUGACUUGUAUAUGGAUUCAUUUGUUAAAAAAAGCUCAAGCUGACCAUUUAAAUAUUCAACGGCCAAUUCCUUUGACAUUAAAAAUACAUCAUGAGUUUUUACAGCAUUUAGUUCAGCCUAAUAAUAGUUUAGGUUUAUGCAUGGGUGCAGAUUACAGAAUAGCUUUAUUGUGCAAUGCUUAUUCUACGAAUCAAGAAUACUUUACAAGGCCAAUGGCUGCCUUAGUAGAGACUAUUUUGGGAGCUCAAAAAUCAUCAUCCUUGCCACCUGGACCUACAACUCCCCUUUCGAUGGCUAUUCUAGAUUCUUUGACCGUUCAUUCGAAAAUGAGUUUGAUUCAUAGUAUUGUCACACACGUUGUUAAACAAGCUCAGAGUAAAUCAAUUUUAGCAUUGGCUCCUGCACUUGUGGAAACUUAUAGUCGUUUAUUAGUUUACACGGAAAUCGAAUCUCUGGGCAUCAAAGGAUUUAUAAGUCACUUGCUUCCUACUGUUUUCAAACAUCAUGCUUGGGGAAUUUUAUACACAUUAUUAGAAAUGUUCAGUUAUCGAAUGCAUCACAUUCAGCCUCAUUAUAGAGUACAAUUGCUUUCUCAUCUCCAUAGUCUUGCUGCGGUUCCGCAAACGAAUCAAACGCAGCUUCAUUUAUGCGUUGAAAGCACGGCACUAAGACUUAUUACUGGUUUAGGAUCGGCUGAAGUUCAACCACAAUUAUCUCGGUUUUUGAACGAACCUAAAACACUCGUCUCUGCUGAAUCAGAAGAGUUGAAUAGAGCUCUGGUACUAACUUUGGCUCGAUCAAUGCACGUAACUGGAACAGGAUCGGACUCUAUUUCGGGAACGUGGUGUAAAGAACUACUCAGUACUAUCAUGCAGAACACUCCUCAUUCAUGGGCUAACCAUACUCUUCAAUGUUUUCCAUUGGCUUUGCACGAUUUUUUCCAACACAGUCCCGUGCAAAAAGAAAAUAAACCACAACUCAAGAAAGCUGUUGAAGAAGAAUAUCGAAAUUGGGCUUCCAUGAACAAUGAAAAUGAUAUUAUAGCUCAUUUUUCCGUAGCUGGAACUCCUCCUUUAUUCAUUUGUCUAUUAUGGAAAAUGAUUUUAGAAACGGACAGGAUAACAUCCAUAGCUUACAAAAUUUUAGAAAGAAUCGGAGCUCGAGCUUUAUCUGCUCAUUUAAGAAAAUUUUGUGAUUAUUUAGUUUUUGAAUUUGCAAAUUCAAGAGGAGAACAACACGUUAAUAAAUGCGUGGAUGCGUUGAAUGAUAUGAUUUGGAAAUAUAAUAUCGUAACAAUAGAUCGAUUGGUUUUGUGCUUGGCUCUUAGGACACAAGAAGGUAGUGAAGCCCAAGUUUGUUUUUUCAUUAUUCAAUUACUUUUACUAAAAGCGGCUGAAUUACGUAAUAGAGUUCAAGACUUUGUUAAAGAAAAUUCUCCCGAGCAUUGGAAACAAUCAAAUUGGCACGAAAAACAUUUGGCUUUUCAUAGAAAAUAUCCGGAAAAAUUUGCACCGGAAGGGAUUUUGGAACAGAGUGGAGGAGCUUCAUCUCCCUAUCAUUCUCUUCCCGUUUACUUUGGAAAUGUUUGCUUAAGAUUCCUACCUGUAUUUGAUAUAGUUAUUCACAGGUAUUUAGAACUUCCUCCAGUUACUAAAUCUUUAGAAACAUUAUUAGAACAUCUAGGAUGCUUGUACAAGUUUCACGAUCGUCCCGUUACGUAUUUAUACAAUACCUUACACUAUUAUGAUCGUAAUUUAAGAGAUCGACCUGUUUUGAAAAGACGUCUUGUAGCUGCUAUUCUUGGUGCUUUAAAAGAUAUUCGUCCUCCCGGAUGGAGUUUAUCUGAAGCAUACAUAAAUUACAUGUCGGGAUCUGGGGAUGAAGUGUCUUGGCUUCCAGAUUUGGAUUAUUACAUUAAAUUAAUUCGCAGAAUAGUAGAAACCAUGAAUGGUAGCAAAGCCCAUUUUCCUUCAACUGAUUGGAGGUUUAACGAGUUCCCCAAUCCUGCUGCUCAUGCUUUAUACGUGACAUGCGUUGAAUUGAUGGCCGUACCCGUAUCUCCUUCUGUAGUUGCUAAUAAUUUAUUAGACGUGGUAACAAAAGGGUAUAGCGUGAUUCCGUGGGAUCAAAUUCAUCUUUGGAUCAAUUCGAUCGGGCUGGUUUUGGCUGCCUUGCCGGAGUCCUACUGGUCGAUCGUUGACGAUCGCCUUAUAGAAGUCAUGACUUGUAGCCGUAUGACGAAUUGGCCUUACCAUAAUUCCGCAUUUCAAAUAUUUAAUUUUUCGGUUACUCACGAGUCAUUAUUAGAAAACAAGUUUUCCUACAUACUCGCUCUCGCCCACGCGAUGUGGUAUCAUGCCGGAGUUGGACAAAUAUCAACCUUACCAGUAUUUGUCAAAGAAAAAGCAAAGACGGUAAUCAAAACGGAAGAACAAUUUUUAUUUCUAUGUCAUUUGGUAGGACCUUUUCUUCAAAGGCUCAACGCUGAAAGGCCGCGAUGCGUGCUCGAAUUAACAAUUGAAUUGUAUGAGUUGCUCGAACAAGUUGACAAAUCGGUUUUACAAUUAAAAUAUAUGGAUCCCAUUUGCGAUCUAUUGUAUCAUAUAAAAUACAUGUUUGUCGGAGAUAUGAUGAAAAAUGAAGUUGAAACAAUCAUUCGAAGACUUCGACCGGCUCUUCAAAUGCGUUUGAGAUUUAUAGCUCAUUUAAAUAUUGAAGAAAUUCACGCGCAGGUACGAAACAUUUUAAUAAGUUUAAAUAAAAUGGACUCUAAGAAAAAAAAAAAAGAAGUUUCAAAGCAAAUAUUAAAUUUCACUCUAGAAAAUACCGUUAAUUGA